ACAUAUGUAGAGGUGUUCGACCACUUGGGUCACUAGUCAAAUCCAGAUUUUAUCAAUAGCUGACCGGGGCAGAAAUUCUAUUAUCCCUAUUUAAUUGCAGUAUUUUUGUAAGUCAACUGUUACCCUCCUUUUUGGUGCUGUAUAUAUAUAUCCACACGCACUUACUUUUUGCAUACCAAGAAAUUCAUUAUGGAUUCCACACUUGAAGAAAUUAAUCCUCAUUCUCAAUCCCCUAAGCCAAAUUUCAUGGUGAAGUUGAAGGACAAUUUGAUAUUCAAAUCAAAAUGGUCUGAAUUAAAUGGUGCAAUGGGUGAUUUAGGCACAUAUAUACCAAUAGUCCUAGCUUUAACACUAGCCAGUGACUUAAAUCUUGGUACAACAUUAAUAUUCACUGGUGUAUACAACUUUGUCACUGGUGCUAUAUAUGGUAUACCAAUGCCUGUCCAGCCUAUGAAAUCUAUUGCUGCUGUUGCUAUAAGCCACCCGGAAUUCGGUAUACCAGAAGUUAUGGCUGCUGGCAUUUGCACUGCUGGGAUCUUGUUUGUUUUAGGUGCUUCACAAUUGAUGCAGCUUGUUUAUAAGUUGAUACCAAUAUCUGUUGUUAGGGGAAUUCAGUUAGCACAAGGGCUGUCAUUUGCAAUGACAGCAGUUAAGUACAUUAGAAAUGUACAAGAUUUCGCGAAGUCGAAAUCUGGUAAAGAGAGGAAUUGGUUGGGGUUGGAUGGAUUGUUGUUAGCUUUGAUAUGUGCUGUUUUUAUUCUGAUUGUGAAUGGUGCUGGUGAAAAUCAGAAUGAGGAUCAAGAAAGUACAGAAAGUGAAACAGGUUAUUUAAGGAAAAAAGUUAGGAAAAUAAUAUUUUCUCUUCCUUCUGCUUUCUUGAUCUUUUUGUUAGGUGUUGUUUUGGCUAUUAUAAGAGGGCCUAAAGCUGUAAAAGGGUUUAAAUUUGGUCCAUCAAGAAUUGAAGUUGUGAGUAUCUCAAAACAGGCUUGGAAGGAUGGUUUUGUUAAGGGUACUAUUCCUCAACUCCCUUUAUCUGUGUUAAAUUCUGUGAUUGCUGUGUGUAAACUGUCAACAGAUUUGUUUCCUGAGAAGAGGGAAAUUACGGCAACGUCGGUGUCUAUGACGGUGGGGUUGAUGAACUUGAUAGGGUGUUGGCUUGGUGCAAUGCCAUGUUGUCAUGGUGCAGGAGGGCUAGCAGGGCAAUACAAGUUUGGUGGUAGGAGUGGUGGAUGUGUGGCACUUCUUGGUGUGGCUAAGUUGGUUUUGGGAUUGGUAUUAGGUAGCUCAAUGGUGAAAGUUUUGACACAAUUUCCUGUUGGGGUAUUGGGAGUUCUUUUGUUGUUUGCUGGGAUUGAAUUGGCUAUGUGUUCAAGAGACAUGAACACUAAGGAAGAUGCAAUUGUGGUACUUGUUUGCACAGCAGUUUCACUUGUUGGUUCUAGUGCUGCAUUGGGUUUCUUGUGUGGAAUUGUGGUUCAUUUGAUUCUUAAGAUGAGGAAUAUGGGUAGUGAUGGUCAGUCUUGUUCUAGUGUACUUUGGUUUCAUAGAAACCCAUAAGCACCUUUUAUGUUUGUGUGUUGGUCAUCCACUUGUAACUAAAUAAAGAUGUCUGUACUUUUUUAAGACAACGGUGUGUCGUCUUGUUAUUCCGUUUAUAUUAAUAGUCGUGGUAUUUCUCAUGUAGUUUCUUGUCCUUUGAUUUCUUUUACUAUAUAUUGAUUUCUUGUA